AUGGUGUUACCAUUAUUAUUUAUAAAUUACAAGAAUAAUAAAUACAAGAAUGAAUAUGCAUAUAAGCAUGUAGUAAAAUGUUAUAACCUUCCUGAAUUUAUGUAUGAAGGUUUUUUUGAAUUUUUAAUAAAAAAAUAUAAUAAUGAGGACUUAUAUAAAAUAGAUGAGAUUAUAAAACCGUCAUAUGAAGAAACGAAGUUAUAUCCACUCAAAAUAAUUUGUAAUAAAAAUUUAGGUAAUUUUUUAAUAAAGAAAGAAAAGAUCUUAGUAGUCGAUGAUAUUAUGGAAAACAAUAAAGUGUAUAUUAAAAUAGAUAAUGAUAAAAAUGAAUAUAAUAAUAAUGAUGAUGUUAUUUAUGAUAAUAUUCAUAUAAAUGUGGAAGAUAAAAAAGAAUGUAUACAAAAAGUUUCUUUUGAAAAUAAUAUGUAUAUAGAUCAAGGGAAAAAAACAAAAACAGAAGACAAACAAUAUAUAAAUAAUAAUAUUUUUAAUGAUCUUGUGGAUAAUUCUAAUGUUACUCUGAAGGAAGAUAAUAAUGUAACAUCCGGUGAUUAUGCUUAUAUAAAUGUACAUAAUUGUGUGAAUGAUGAAAAUUAUAUGAUGAACAAAAGAAAUGUUCAAAGUAUUGAGAGGGACAUAAAUAAAAAUAAAAAGGAAGUACAAUAUUGUGAAUAUGUUGACGAUGAAAUGAAUAAUCUCCCACACAAUAAUAAUAAUAAAAAAAACAACAACAAUAAUAAUAACAACAAUAAUAAUAAUGACAAUAUUUAUGAGAAUAAGUAUGAUUAUUAUAGUUGUUGUUAUAGCGACCAAUUUGAUGAAAGCGAUUCAGACUAUUCUGUCAUAUGUGCUCAUAAUAAUAAUAAUAAUAUUAUCACAUGUCAUGAGACAUGCUCUUAUAACGAUGAACAUCAAAAAUAUAAAAAUAAAAACGUAAAAUAUAUAGAAGAUGAAAAUAAUAACACAGGUGAUUAUGCCUCCAAUACAUCCGAGACCAAAAGUGGAUAUAGCUCAUACAAAUAUAAUAAUAUUAUAAAUUAUAAAAACAACCAAAAAAAUAAUAAAAAAUGUAAAAAAAUAUUCUAUAUCUAUUUCGUUGAAGGAAAUGUACAAGAAUUUAUUCAAGAUAUAAACGAAGAAGAUAAAAAUAAAAUAGAAGAAGAUAUUAUCGAUAAAAUUUUAAAUGAAGAAAAGGAAAAUAUAAAUAAAAAGCAUGUGGAAAAUGAUACAUAUAAUAUAAAUAAUAAAAAUAAUUCAAUUCAAGGAUAUAUAUAUAAUUUGCACAAUCAAAAUUGUUAUCAAGAUAAUGAAGAAUAUGUAAAUUCUGCUGAAAUGGAAACGGGGAGAAUAAACCAGGAAGACAAAAGUGACAUAUCGUUAUCUACAUGUUGUAUGCAAAGUGAAAAAAAUAAAGAAAAUGAAAAAUAUGAUAAAUUUGUACAAAAUAAAGAAAAUGAAACAUAUGAUAAAUUUGUACAAAAUAAAGAAAAUGAAAAAUAUGAUAAAUUUGUACAAAAUAAAGAAAAUGAAAAAUAUGAUAAAUUUGUACAAAAUAAAGAAAAUGAAAAAUAUGAUAAAUUUGUACAAAAUAAAGAAAAUGAAACAUAUGAUAAAUUUGUACAAAAUAAAGAAAAUGAAAAAUAUGAUAAAUUUGUACAAAAUAAAGAAAAUGAAAAAUAUGAUAAAUUUGUACAAAAUAAAGAAAAUGAAAAAUAUGAUAAAUUUGCACAAAAUAAAGAAAAUGAAAAAUAUGAUAAAUUUGUACAAAAUAAUAAGAAUGAGGAACACAUGCUUGAUGAUAAUAAAGAAAAAGAUUUGAUACAUUCUUCAAUGAGAUCAGAUUAUAGUAAUACAAAUGUAAAAGAAAACGAUAUGAAAGUUAUAUGGCCAAAUAAAUUAUCAUGGAAAGAGAUAUCAAAUGAAAUAAAAAAAAAAUUAUGUGUUGUUAUAAAAAAUAAACCAGCUGAAUGGAAUCAUUAUGAUUUACAAAAUUUUUUAGUAUCCCAAUUUCAUAAUAAGAAUUACAUUCCAACAUUCCAAGAUAUUUUUAUAACAAAAAGUUGUCCGACCAUAGCGACAGUAGCAUUUAAAAAUGAAGAAGAACGAAAUUAUUUCUUAGAUCAUCAAAAAUUUAAGUUACCCAAUUUGAAACAUCAUCAUAAAGAUUUAAAUAAAAAUAAUAUUUAUUAUAAUAAAUAUUCAAAUUUCUUAGUUCUACAAGAAUAUGUAAUCUCAUAUAAUACUCAAAGUAAUAAUAACCCUAAAAAAUAUUAUCAAGAUAAAUAUGAACAAAACAUAUAUAAAGAUUAUGAAUCAAGGCAAAAAAGAAAAUAUAAUAAUUUUUAUGAUCAUUAUAAUCAUAAUUUUCAUUCAAAAAAAUAUUCAGAUGUAUCUAUUAAUAAAUAUAAAAAAAAAAUUAAUUUUAAUAAUAACUAUGAUAUAAAUAGCAAUGUCAAAAGGAAAAAAGUAUCUACGUCAUAUGAAAGAAAUGAUGAUUCUUAG